GAAACCCGACGCGUCGCGCUGCCGUUGAUAAAAGCGUUUCAAAAAGAAGUCGAUCAGCUGACUGUGAGAGGAAAAGCAACUGAAGCGGCGCUGAUCGAAAUCUGCUCUCAGCUCACAAACCUUCCUGAUCCGACGCCAAUUAUUGAACAGGCGAUCGUCUGGAAAUCGCAAGCGGAGAAGACGAACAUAGCGGUUGAGGAGGCAAAUCAUUUACGAACCCAAAUCGCGCAAGUCCAUACCGAGUUGGCUGAUUUGAAGAAUCAGGAUGUCACGAUCCGCCAACUUAAAGAUACUGUGAAGCAGCUAGAGGAAGAAAAGACGAGAGAAGUGGAAAAAGCAAUCGACGCGAUUGAGAAGGACUUACGCGAAGAGUUCUCAAUCCGUGAUCACGAGACGACAAUGCGUUCUGACAAACUCAAGGCUGAAAACGCGGCUCUGGAAAAGAAAGUGAGCGAACUUGAAGCGUUGAUGCGGGAGGCACAAAGGCGGUUGGAUGUCGCCCGGGUGGCGGCUGACCGCAAAGAAGCCCUGGAGAGCGAACAAAUUGACAUCUUGAGUCGAGAUUUGAACGACGCUAACAGAAGAGUGGCUUUUUUGGAAGCGGAGUUAAGCCGAAUGACAGAAGAGUUGGCCGAAGCCCGCGCUACAUCCCAGCGUGGGGGGUUGGAAGACAUCGCAGCACUAGGGGGUCUGAUGAAGGAAAAAGACGAACUGAUUGCCCGUCUCACUGAGGAGAAUCAGCGUCUCGUGGAGGCGGCAGCUGUGGAGGCGAAGAAGGCUCGUGGUCGUUGCGAUGAGCUGGCAGUGGAGCUGGAGAAGCGAGCUCAUCAAAUCAAGCAGCUCGAGGCUCUCCUUGCCGAUCAGAGCGAUUACGAAGCCAUCAAGAAGGAAUUGAGGUUGCUUCGAGAGAUCGAAUUUGGCGAAGCAGCCACUGCGAACGAGGAGUCGAUCGCACGUCUUGGCGAAACCGUUCAGUCGCUCGACAGACUCCUGGCGGCGAAAAAUCGUCGUCUUCAGAACGACAACGCGCUGCUGCGGCAGGCGAAUGAGCGAUACCAAGGCGAUGAGAUUAUGCAGGCAAUCUUAGCUGGCAGCCACCAGACAGUUGUAGAAGCAGUGACGACCCGAGUGGGACGAGAAGUGGCCGAGGGAUACGUGGAUGCCGACGCUGAUCAGGUUCGACGUCGAUCAAAAGCUGGCACGCAGGAGUCCGAGCGGGGUAAAACCGAGUCCGAUGAUCGUCAAAACCUCUUCAAAAUUCUUAUGAACAUGGGAUCGAUGCCGUCCGGUGGUUCCCAUGCUGAGAACGGCUCCGCUGCCCUGCGAGGGGACAGCACCCGAUCACCGUCCACGGAGAUUCCUUUCGAGCACUUUCGUUAUUCGCCGAAGCUCACCAACUACACAGGGGAACCUGCAAAAACGCCGCAGGAACUGAAGGCCAUCCAAGAUCUUCAGGUUCGGGUGGCAGGAAACGUUCGUGCGUUGGGCACGCGUGCUCUGAACACAGCCGAGAUCGCGAGACAGUGCAAGCGCCUCAUGGUCGCCUAUAACAUCGGGCAGCGCCUGUUCGCGAAAUACGUCAUGAACCAGUCGCAAGGGUCCCUCAGCGAGCUGCUCUCUAAGCCCAGACACUGGAGCAAGCUCACCGACAAAGGACGAGAAGCCUUCCGGCGGAUAUACGGUUGGAUUUCGGACGCCGAAGCUGUCGAUUUGUUGUGCUCGUUAAGCCCACGUCGUGUUUGGCCGAGUGAAGUUCGUAUUGAACAUCCGACACCGGAAUCCCUGUGGGAAGGGAACAGCGGCCUCCUCCCAGCCGAGGAACCUGACGAGAAUUCAUUCAAACGGGCCGCCAGCGCUCGUGAGGACCAGUAUCGUCUGGCGGGCACGAACCAGGCUGCCAAUGCCGGCUCGACCACUCGCAACAGUCGCUGGCGCCAUGACGACAUCCCCAAGGAGAAAAUCAUGAGUAUAUUCCAGACAGAGUUGGCGAAGCUAAGGGAGCAGGAGUCCACAUUGGAGCGAGCAAUAGCAACAAGGUCGUUUGGGAACGGUCACAGACGGUCGGAAGACACAUCGCCGUCGUACCACGAAAUGUCUCACAACGAGAGAAUGGCCUCCAUCAGCCAUGCCCACCAGGUGAUGAAUACUCGAAUGCGCGUCGGAUUAUCGCCGAUAACGCAGGAGCAGUUUGAAAUGUUCGGGCACAUUGACACGGACGACGUUGUCAGACAGAUAAAGGAGUUCCUAUCGAUGAAUUCUAUUUCACAACGACAGUUCGGCGAACACGUCUUGGGCUUGAGUCAGGGCUCGGUGUCUGACUUGUUGGCUCGUCCGAAGCAGUGGAACAUGUUGACCCAGAAGGGCCGAGAACCAUUCAUACGGAUGAAGCUGUUCAUGCGUGAGGUGUCUCAGUCGGCCAACAAGGGCAAUCUCCAGCAAGAACUCGAUAAGGUGCAAAUGAGCGAUGACUCAGUUGCGCCAAGUGCAAAGGACAAGGAUCCCUCCAGCGAAAGCGACGCGACUCCAACGGUGAAGGUGAAGCGCGAAAUCAUCGAGGAGGACGAGGACGUGAUCGCCCUGCCACGGUCCGAGUUCGACACGAUGAGCACCGGCACGCCAGACGAUGUGGCGGAUUCUGGAGGAGAGGCCGAGGCGGUCGACACAGCGCUUCUCGUGCGAAAAGUCAAGGACCGUCUUCAUUUACAUGGGAUCUCACAGCGACUCUUUGGUGAAGCGGUGCUUGGAAUCUCGGCGGGCGGAUGUUCGGAGCUGUUCCUGCGACCGCGACGGUGGUCGACGCUUUCCGUCAGGGGACGUGAACCUUUUGAGAAGAUGAGGGCGUGGCUGGCCGACAAGGAAGCCGUUCAAAGACUUCUCGUCAGGGAGCGGGUACGUCGCUAUCAAUUUCUUUCGUCCCGAGUAUUUUAUGGAUGCGGUCUCUUACAGAUCGACGCUGGGCUCCCGUUGGAGAGAAACCUCGUCAACGGCAAUGGCAAGCGUUCCUCGGAGCCGCCUUACGAGCCGCCACCUCGAAAAGUGCAGCGUACAAUAAUCACCGAACAGCAGAAAGAGGCGCUGCGGUUUGUCUUUCAGCACGAGCAUCAUCCAAGCCAAAAGACCGUCGAGCUGUUGUCGUUGAAAUUGAAUUUGAACAUCCGAACGGUAAACAACUGGUUUCACAACCAUCGAACGAGACAGAAAGCGAGCCUGAAAGAAGGAAAAGUGUACCCGCCAGCGGUUGGAUCGAUCCCAACCAGCAAGAAUUGGCAGCAGGACCUGCACGCGAUUCUCGAGAACGCGUCGCGAUACGCUCUUCUCGACGAGGCUCCUCCAACGAUGGUGCCUGUUCCUGCGACUCCCCUGUUCACGCCGACCCAGGAACGGCCAGCGAGCUCGUCGCUGGUGCUCUCUGGGACUGACGAGCGCCCAGCGGCGGCGAAUUCGUCGUCGCCGCUGUUCUCUUCUGAAGAGCGCAGCGAAAAGGCCAGCCAGUUGGAUCGAGCAGUGGCGAAAAUGCGAAUGUUGGCCGCGUCAAAGGGGUCAUAG